CCGUGAAGAUGCACAAUGUUUGGAGGGACAUUGCUGUUUACAUAUCCUUAGUUGAGAAGGAAAGUGGGUUCUUCCCUCAGUCCAGAAUGUCGAUUGAUGAGUUGCCUGAGAAGCCCGAGAAAUUGCGACAUGUGAGGAGACGGAUAUCGCACAUGAACAGCAAUAUUCAUAAGCUGCCUACUCGGGUCCUGGGUUGCUCCGAGCUCACGGUUUUGUUCCUCCAAGGAAAUCCUCUAAAGAAGAUUCCGGAUGGAUUUAUAAGAGAAAUGAGGGCACUGAGGUACCUAAAUUUGAGCUGCACUUCAAUAUGUUCAUUGCCUCUUUCCCUUUUUCAGCUAAGUGAACUGCACACUCUUCUUUUAAGAGACUGUCGGUAUCUAGAAAAUCUGCCUCCCCUUGGCGCUCUUUGCAAACUCGAAGUGCUAGAUCUCUCUGGCACCCCAUUGGAGCAGCUGCCUACAGAGAUGGACAAGCUUGAUUGUUUAAGAGUGUUACACUUAGCGGGCACCCAUCACUUAGAAUAUAUCGAAGCCGGAACUUUCUCGGUUUUAUCUAAUCUCGAGGAGUUGGACAUGUCUUUCAGUGCUUAUACCUGGGAUACGGAACAAAAUUUAGGAGGAGAAAGAGCGGCGUUAGAUGAGUUGUUUAUGCUGGAGAAACUUUCCAACCUCCAGAUAAGGCUAGACACUGUCCAAUGUAUAGUCCCAUGUCGUGAUUGGCUGGGGAGACUGAAAAGAUUCAGGAUAUGGGUUAGUCCGAGGAUAUGCGAAUCAAGUUAUUAUAGUCCCAUUCAGCAGGAUGAGAAGAGGGCCAUCCUUAGAGGUGUUGACCUCACGCUCCUGGAGGGAGGCCUUGAGGUACUAUUGCACAAUGCGAGUGCCCUGGACCUCAUAAACUGCGGUGGCAUAAGUGACCUAUCUGAAAUAGUUAGCAAGAAGAGUCUGCGUGGUCUGCAGAACUUGAAAUCACUCAGCAUAACGGGUUGUUCUUGGAUCAAGGUGAUCUUGAGGGAGGAGAAGAUCCAGGACAGUGUCUUGCCGAACUUAGAGAACUUCACGUUGAGUCGUUUAGAGAACUUGGUGAAAAUUGUCGAUGGAAUGCUACAGGAAGGGUGCCUUGGCAAAUUAAGAACCAUAGAGGUGGUUGACUGCCCAAAGCUGAAGAAACUAAUCUCAUACGCUCUUCUGUGCCAGCUCCAUAAUCUCAAUGAGAUCAAGAUCGCGGACUGCGAGAGAAUGAAGGUCGUCAUCUCGGGAAAUCUGCCGGGUGGAGUACUUCCAAAACUAAGAGUUCUGGAGAUGAGGGAUCUGACAAGUUUGAGGACGAUAUAUCCUGGAAUGUCAAAUUGGCCAUCUUUAGUGAGGAUCGAGGUAAGCAACUGUCCCAAGCUGGACAGGCUUCCUUUCGCAUUCCGAAAUGGGUUUUCGAUCAGAGAAAUAAGGGGGGAAUUGGAGUGGUGGAACAACAUCAAAUGGCCAAGUGAGGACAUUAAGAUCAGCCUUCAGGAGAGGUUCCAAGUGUUCAUUGCUACUCCACCAACAAGAGGAGAUAGGGAGGCCUGAAGAGUAUGAUGGGCAAUCGUGCAGUUGUUGCCAUUUGAUUCAUUCAGAGAGCUUGGAGACAGUUUUUUAUUACCAGUAAACGUCAGACAUUUCGCUUUG